UCCAUCUUCCUUUCCUAAUAUCGCCGGCGCUGUAGAUAAAACUCCGUCUAUGCACCUCCGCGGCCUUUCCUGAUCUGCGAGAGCGAAAGGGAUUCGAUCUGAGAACUGAGGCGCAAACAUGAGUGUGAUCGACCUUCUCACCCGCGUUGACGCGAUUUGUAAGAAGUACGACAAGUACGACGUCGAGAAGCAAAAGGACUCCAACAUCUCCGGCGACGACGCAUUUGCUCGCCUCUAUGGCGAAAUCGAGAGCGAUAUCGAGACCUGUCUUCAGAAAGCGGAGAAUGCUGGCACGGAGAAGAGUAGGGCUUCUGUGGUAGCGAUCAAUGCGGAAAUUAGGAGAACGAAGGCGAGAUUGCUUGAGGAAGUCCCGAAAUUGCAGAGAUUGGCUGUAAAGAAGGUUAAAGGUCUUUCGGGUGAGGAACUUGCUGCACGUAAUGAUUUGGUCCUUGCAUUGCCUGAUAGGAUUAAUUCCAUCCCAGAUGGUUCCUCUGCUCCACCUAAACAAUCUGGAGGGUGGGGAGCUUCAGGUUCUCGGGCAGAAAUUAAAUUUGAUUCAGAUGGCCGGUUUGAUGAUGAAUUUUUUCAGCAAACUGAAGAGUCUAGUAAUUUCAGGCAAGAAUAUGAAAUGCGAAAAAUGAGACAGGACCAAGGUCUGGCAGUUAUAUCAGAAGGUUUGGAUACCUUGAAAGACAUGGCCCACAACAUGAAUGAGGAAUUGGAUAGACAAGUCCCUCUGAUGGAUGAAAUUGACACCAAGGUUGACAAGGCCACAUCUGACCUUAAGAACACCAAUGUCAGGCUUAAGGAUACAGUUACCCAGCUACGAUCUAGUCGAAACUUCUGUAUUGACAUCAUUUUGCUGUGCAUAAUACUUGGAAUAGCAGCCUACUUGUACAAUGUCCUAAAGAAGUAAAAGCAUGCUGUGAAGGCUAUCGAAUCGUUUAUUAUGUCGGCUUUUGAUUUUCUGGUUGGUGUUUGAAAUCUUGCAGCAUCUCUCUAAAUAGAAAUCAUCCAUAUUUUCUGCUCACACUUGGACUGCGAUUCCCCUUUCUCUGUUUUUUCCCCUUUUUUCCCAAGGACAAUUCAACUGCAGCACGUGUAUUGAGUAUUGACAUUCUAUAUAUUACAUUUAAUCCUUUGUAAGUGCUCUAACUGCUUGGCUUUCUGAGUCUUAUUGUGUAUUAUAAUAAUUAACUUCAUUGCUUUUAUAUAA